AUGGCGAACCGGUGGAGUGCGGGGCUAGCCCCUGGGGCGGAGGCUUGUGCAGGGGGGCGCCAGCUGCCCACUAGCUGCUCCGCCACCUCCUCUGGCUGCAAAGCAGAGGAAGACAGUCAGAGGGUAUACGCUUGGCUGCAGCAACAUCUCACGCGCUGCAAUGGUCCAGCUCCCAGAUCCCACCACAUGAAGACUGGGGCAGCUCGGGGCCGGCGAACGGGCGCUCGGGCGACACAAAGGAACCAUGGAGAAACUUUUUCAGCCCGAGCCGACGGCGGAGCGCAGGGACAGCGCCUCGCGGCCCUCCGUCCGAGCGCGGCUCAGCAGCCCCGCGGGGGCGAGCGCCCGCCCCGGGUUCGCAGCCCCCUCUGGUGCUGUGGCGGGAGCCAUUUCCGAGAGUUUCCAAGAAGUGUCAGGUCCUCCGCAUCCUGCAUCCCCUUCGGAGCCUCCUCCCCGCCGCCGCUCCUCCGGCGCCCGCGGCGAGCCCCCGCGGCACGCCCCGCCGGCCGCAGCGCCGCCUUUGUGUGGCUGCGGCGCGCCGGGCUCCGCCGGGUGGAGUGGAGCCCGCGGCGGCGGCGGCUCGCGCGCUCGGGGCGGCCGGACUCGCGGCCGUUGCUAAGAGACCGGAGCCAUGACACAGGGAAAUUGCCGCAGGAUGGCAGUCGGUACCCAGCCGCCGCCGCCGCCGCCCGGGCGCCCCCGCCCCGCCCCGCCCCGCCCGCCGCUCCCCCCGCUGCCUCCGCCGCCGGCCGCGCGUCCCUUCGGAAGAGCCGCUGCCCCGAGGCCGCGGAGGCGCGAGGGCGGCGGAGGGGGCGCCCCGGGACCGUCGCCCGCCCUCGCAGGGCGCUUUGUUCUUUCUCUCCAACUACCUGUCUGAGCGGCGGGCCGGAGGGGGCCCGGAGGCAGGGCCGCCCCCGGAGGGGCUCCGCGUCCGCCUCGGGGGGGCGCUCUCGGCGCGAGGGCGAGGGCCCGUCCCCCUCCCCUCCUUCUCCUCUCUCCUCUUUUGUUGCCUCUACUCUUGGACUCCGCGCCGCCCUUGCUGUUCCCCCUCCCCCUUGGGAGUGUGCAGGGUGGACGCACAGCGAGCACCGUGAGCUGGCCCCCGGCGACCCCGGGCCCCGCCGAGCGCGGUCGCCCCCGCCGAGGGCGCCCCGCGGACCCGGGGGCCGCGCUCCCAGGUCCCCGCGCUUCGGCCUGCGCGGGACCGCGGCGCCUCCCGGACGCGCGGCUGGGACUUAGCGGAGAUGGGAAUCGGCGCCGGGCUUCUCCUUGGGCAGCCCCUCGUGCUCCUACGCUGUGCGCUCACAGUAUCAGAGGAAAUCAGACAGAUCCCAGCUGUUUCCAGUCGAGUUCUUUAUCCCUCUGCAAUAAUAUAGUAUCAACACAUUCCCAGGGGUUCCCAGAGUUAUUUUUAAAGGAACAGUAAUGCUCUCAGCCCUUCUGGAGUUAUUUUCCUUCUCAUUUCACUGGCCGUUUCGGUUUGGGUGAUUUCGGGGAUUGUAGGGCACCCCUUUCACCUGCUAAGGACUGAAGGGCCAAGGCUACCUCAUCAUCAUCAUUCACUGGCAUCUGGAGACCGCGGGGCUCAGCACAGCGUUCGGAGCCUUUCCUAGCAGAAGAGGAAUGAAGGCCUGGGGGAAAAGAAGAGGAGACGGAUUAGCUCAGAUUAACUGGACAUCCUGUGGUUUAUCUGCCUCCCGACUGCAGCAUACCUUGGUAGCCUCACAAUUUCUUCGUGGCACACGUAAAGGAUAAAAGAGCCUGACAGAACAGAAAAUAGGAAAUGCAAUAGUGGAUCGAAGCCUCAUUGGAUUUCUUUUGGAACAGAAUAGGCACUACGGAUAGGUGACUUGUCCUACUGAGAACUGGUAGGAACUCAUAUGUCUGAUCUCCUUUGAAAAUUAAUUGUGAUGCGAGCUCCUGUGAGCACCUGGCAGGGAAGAAAAAACGGAGACAAGGAACUAGUUUUCCAAAGUAAAGAAACAUAAGAUUCCAAGAUUAGCGUUUGGUGACUGAUCUCGGAUUCAUUCAAGAAGUCUUUUCAUAAGCACCUCUUGUGUACCCAGCUCUUUGAUUCUUGCAUUUAUGCACUCAAAAAAAAUUUGUUUGGCUCCUACUAAGUUACAGUGAG